AUGAAUAAUAGUAAUAACUUUAUUAAUAAUGGAUUUAAUAGUGAUUUGCAAUCCCAAACAACUGAUAUUCGCUCAGAAAAUUCAGAUAUUAAUUAUCAUAAUGCAAAUACUCCUCGCGAUUACAAUAAUGGAUAUCCUGUGAUGAACGAUAGUGUAUACCCAGCAUCUUACACCAAUACAUCUGCUUACACCGAUACACCUGGCAAUGUUAUUAUUUCUGAUUUAUCUCAAUCUUAUCCUACCGCUCCUCUGCAAUAUAAUGAUCAGAAUGCAGCGCAAUUUUUUCAAAACAAUUCUUCACUAUUUAACCCACUUAAUAUGACUAAUUAUUCUCAAAAUAACCCCUCUGAAAUUUUUACAUUUGAAAUUCCUGGGAUCAAAAUUAUCGUUAUACCUACUUUCCCUCCAAUGGCUUCCUCUUUUCAAACGAACCAUUCUGAAAUCUUCACUUUUGAUAUUCCCGGAUCCAAAGUUAUCAUUAUCACACUUUCUUUCCAAUAA